UGAGACUCCAUCUCAAAAAAAAAAAAAAGAUUUUACACCCCUGCCCCUCAGGCACCCUCUUCCUCAGUCUCCAGGGUCACCUGUGACAGUUUCUUGGGCCCUUGGGCCCUGGGAUGCACAGUGCGAGUCCCCUCUUCCGCGCUGAUCCUCUGCUUCUCGCCUCUCUGGGGUUAAUGUACCAUGGGUUUUGCCUUUCGUAUCAUUCUCCAUCUCCUUCUGUCAGCUAAUGAUUAUUCAGGGAGGGUCACCUCACCCUGCUGUCCCUAUCCCAAAUCUGUCAAAGUUCUGUUUAGGGCAAAGGUCAUGAGAAUUAUGUCAUGGCCAUGUGACUGCUGUUUUCACCCCCUCCUUCUGCCGUCUUGGUCCUACCAUUCUGAGGAGCUACCUGUGUGCCCUGCCUCUGGCUCUCCUGAGCAGAAAGAUCCUGAUGGCUGACUCAGAAGCACUCUCCUCCCUUGCUGGGGAUCCCAUGGCUGUGGAAGCCUUGCUCCAGGCCGUGUUUGGGAUUGUGGUGGAUGAGGCCAUUCAGAAAGGAACCAGUGCCUCCGAGAAGGUCUGUGAGUGGAAGGAGCCUGAGGAGCUGAAGCAGCUGCUGGAUUUGGAGCUGCGGAGCCAGGGGGAGUCGCAGGAACAGAUCCUGGAGCGUUGCCGGGCUGUGAUUCACUACAGUGUCAAGACCGGUCACCCUCGGUUCUUCAACCAGCUCUUCUCAGGGUUGGAUCCCCAUGCUCUGGCUGGGCGCAUUAUCACCGAGAGCCUCAACACCAGCCAGUACACGUAUGAAAUCGCCCCCGUAUUUGUGCUCAUGGAAGAGGAGGUGCUAAGGAAACUUCGGGCCCUGGUGGGCUGGAGCUCUGGGGAUGGAAUCUUCUGCCCUGGUGGCUCCAUCUCCAACAUGUAUGCUGUAAAUCUGGCCCGUUAUCAGCGCUACCCGGAUUGCAAGCAGAGGGGCCUCCGCACACUGCCACCCCUGGCCCUAUUCACAUCGAAGGAGUGUCACUACUCCAUCCAGAAGGGAGCUGCAUUUCUGGGACUUGGCACUGACAGUGUCCGAGUGGUCAAGGCUGAUGAGAGAGGAAGAAUGGUCCCCGAGGAUCUGGAGAGGCAGAUCAGUAUGGCCGAGGCUGAGGGUGCUGUGCCGUUCCUGGUCAGUGCCACCUGUGGCACCACUGUGCUAGGGGCCUUUGACCCCCUGGAGGCAAUUGCUGAUGUGUGCCAGCGUCAUGGGCUAUGGCUGCAUGUGGAUGCUGCCUGGGGUGGGAGCGUCCUGCUGUCACAGACACACAGGCAUCUCCUGGAUGGGAUCCAGAGGGCUGACUCUGUGGCCUGGAAUCCCCACAAGCUCCUCGCAGCAGGCCUGCAAUGCUCUGCACUUCUCCUCCAGGACACCUCGAACCUGCUCAAGCGCUGCCAUGGGUCCCAGGCCAGCUACCUUUUCCAGCAGGACAAGUUCUACGAUGUGGAACUGGACACCGGAGACAAGGUGGUGCAGUGUGGCCGCCGCGUGGACUGUCUGAAGCUGUGGCUCAUGUGGAAGGCACAGGGCAGUCAAGGGCUGGAGCGGCGCAUUGACCAGGCCUUCGCCCUUGCCCGGUACCUGGUGGAGGAAAUGAAGAAGCGGGAAGGGUUUGAGCUAGUCAUGGAGCCUGAGUUUGUCAAUGUGUGUUUCUGGUUCGUGCCCCCCAGCCUGCGAGGGAAGCAGGAUAGUCCAGACUACCACAAAAGGCUGUCGACGGUGGCCCCUGUGCUCAAGGAGCGCAUGGUGAAGGAGGGCUCCAUGAUGAUUGGCUACCAGCCCCACGGCACCCGGGGCAACUUCUUCCGUGUGGUUGUGGCCAACCCUGCGCUGACCCGUGCUGAUAUAGACUUCCUCCUCAACGAGCUGGAGCGGCUAGGCCAGGACCUGUGAGCCUUCUCCUCCUCACUGCUGGCCUUGACAUCACCCCUCAGAGUCACUGCAUUCCCUCCCAGUACUCUCAAGAACAGCCUUUGAGGCCAGGCGUAGUGGCUCACGCCUGUAAUCCCAGCACUUUGGGAGGCCGAGG